UCAGUUCUACAAUUGAUAAGCUAUGUUUUUGAAUUGAAGUUGGAAAACAUCUUGAACAUUUUAAAACUAUUGUAUAGUUUCAAUCAUUUUAUUUAAAAUGCUUGUAUGUUAUACAUCCUUGCUAUUUCUAUUUUGCAGUUUACUGUCAAACAGUAAUGGCCAAGAUAAUUGUUACUUUGAGAAGUGCUAYGAUGAUAAAACAAAGAAGGCACUACCCUGCAUCACACAGGGUGGAACUAUAUCAUUGGAGAGGAAUGUCACAGUUACAAAUACUUGUGGAGAAAAAGAAAGAGAAAAAUACUGCUAUCUAGCAGUCAAUGGGAAGUGCGACUAUUGCGAUGCAAAUAGCCCAAGUGAAAAUCACCCUGCAAGAUACCUUGUAGAUAGCAAUGACGAAACUUGGUGGCAAUCCCAGAGCUGGCAAGACACAAACAAAGCUGGUUUAACAACAACGAAAAGCCCACUCAAAGUGAACAUUACUCUUUCAUUCGGAAAAAGCUUCCUUAUUUCAGGACAUGUUCAAGUCAAAUUCCAAUCUGAUAGACCUAAAGCCAUGAUAAUUGAGAAAUCUAUUGACAAUGGUCAUACCUGGGAGAUUAUGCAGUACUAUGCCAAAAGGUGUGAUGAUUUUUAUAAAAUGUCCACUGAGAAUUCAGUUGAUACAGCUGACCCCUUCAAAGUUCAGUGCACUGACAAAUAUAGUCGUCAGUAUCCAAGAGCAGGAGGUUUAGUCAAGUACAAAGCAACAGACCGCUAUACAUUAUGUAGCUUCUUUGACACGAAAACUCAAAAAGGACUCCUUGCAACAAAUGUAAGAGUACGUCUGGAAUAUCCGGCGACUGAUGGCUUGGAAAGUCACAGUGUAAGCAGUAUGAACAAGUAUUAUUACUCAAUCUCAGACAUUGAGGUGACUGGUCAAUGUUUUUGCAACGGUCAUGCACGUUUUUGCACUGGUACACGCAUGAAUACGGUGUGUAAAUGUCAACAUGAUACUAUGGGCAAAGACUGCGAGCUGUGUAAACCAUUGUUUAAUAACCGUCCAUGGAUGACCGCUAAYAGAACCCAUGCCAAUGAAUGUCAAGAGUGCCAUUGCAAUAACCGUGGUACGAGUUGUAAAUACAAUGCUACCCUUGGUUAUGGUCUAUGCACAGGAUGUCGUAAUAACUCUGAGGGAGAUCAUUGUGAAAAGUGUGUAGACAAGUACUAUAGGGAUCUCAGCAAACCAUUGAACCACACUGAAGCCUGUACAGCAUGUGACUGCUUUCCGGAUGGGAUCAUCAACAAUGGAAGUUGUCUACAAAAUGCCACGUCAACACAAGAAAUAGGACAGUGUUCUUGUAAGCCAAAGGUGUUUGGUAGAAGAUGUGACCAAUGCAAGCCUGGUCAUUGGGGAUUUACCCUACCCCCCAGGGGAGAGUGUCGAACAUGUAACUGCAGCAUUCUAGGCACUGGUGGUGGUAGUAUAGAGUGCAAUCAAUUAACAGGCCAGUGUAAUUGCAAACCAUCUAUUGAAGGUCAAUACUGCAAUAAAUGCAAACAUGAAUACUAYAGAUAUCCAAGAACRCAGGGAGAAGGGUGCAGAAGGUGCCCAUGUGACUUGGGCGGGGCUUACCCUGGCUGCCAUAAGGAUACUGGAGCAUGCACAUGCCGACGUGGCAUUGAAAAUCMACGCUGUACUUCUGUUUCCUCUSRUACMUUUGUUCCCAUGGUUAACUUCAAUAUGAUUGAGGCAGAGUCGACAAARGUUCCUGUCGAGCUACGUACCCCUGCAGUAGCUGGAUUAGGUACAGAMUUCACAGGAUAUGGUUAUGCUAGCUUGAUGCCACACUCCAAGAUUCWUUUUGAAAACAUUACGGUCAAUAUCAGUYACAAUUACAGUGUUGUGGURAGAUAUACUGCAGCCGGUCAGUGUACACAUGGUCAAGUWAUKCUUAAYRURACAGGUCCAAACCUUAUGAAAGAAGAAACAAUUCCUGCUUCAAUGUUGCAGAUUGGAAGGGGUAAAGCAGGUAUCCUUUCUGAUCUUGUCCACAUGGCUGAUKAUGAAUAUUAUAGCGUAAYGUUGGGUUUCAAUGGUUCCAGCGAUUGUAAAUUAUGGAUUGAYUCUUUAUUAUUUGUUCCUGAUGUCAAUACAACCAGAAUGUACACCAUGUCUAGUCAACUCCACAAGGAUACCCUUCAGCAMUGYAUUGUAUCGCAAUCUGCAUUGUCAACMGUCGACACUGCUCCUGCUAACUGUUCAAGUCUUUUAUUCUCUGCUUUCGCUCAGAUUUACAAUGGUUCUCUUGAAUGCGAUUGCAAUCCACAUGGAAGCAUAAAUAGUUCAUAUUGCAUGGCAUAUGGUGGUCAGUGUCAGUGCAAGCCAGGUGUCAGUGGAAGGACAUGUGAUCAUUGUAUGAAUGGCUACUAUGGGUUUUCCAGUUCUGGAUGCACAAAAUGCAGUUGCAAUGUUGCUGGUUCCCUCAGUUCUGUUUGUGAUGCCAAGACAGGGACAUGCAAGUGUAAAGAUGAUGUGACGGGUGCAAACUGURACCAAUGYAAAGCRAACUACUUCAAUCUUGAUGCCAAUUAUAAGCAGGGUUGCCAGGCUUGUUUUGCUUAUGGYCAUGCCACUAGUUGCACAUCUGCCUGUGGUUUUGUGGAAAAUGUCAUUAAUUCCAACUUUGACUCAAAUUCUUCAGACCCUCUUCUUGGCUGGAAGACUACAGAUGCCUUUGGUAAUAUUGUUAAUGUUAAUGAAUCCUGGAAUGAUGGUGUUAUUGUCCCAGCCUCUGUGUCUGUAACAUACCUGUCUGCACCCAUGAGAUUUCUGGGAAACAAAUUGUGGUCGUACAAACAGAAAUUGGAGAUUGAUAUGUCCAUAGAUUCCACCAGUCCUAAUUCUUCAAUCACAGACUUCCCGGGAAUCAUACUAAAAGGGCGAGAAGUCAACUUCACUCUACCUCUCCUCCCUACUCCAUCUAAGAACAUUAYGAAAUAUUACAUCAUUCUAGACGAGCAUCAUGUGACAUCACCAACAAAAAUAACGUCAUUUGAUUUCCAGUCUGUAUUAACUGAGGUCUCGUCACUUCUUGUUCCUGCAACAUUCUACACCCACCCCCAUGGUCAUGUGACUUUUAGGAAUAUUUCGUUGACCCAUGCUGUGAAGAAGAAUGAUGUAUGUGUAUCAGGACAAGUGACGUUUGUAGAAAAUGCUACUUGCCAUGGGAAUUACACUGGACUCUCUUGUGAAAGAUGUGCACCAGGGUACAAGCGAGAAAUCCCUAACUCUAAUCCAUUCGGCAAAUGUGUUCUAUGUUCUUGUAAUGGACGCAGUUCAGAGUGUGAUGCGCAAAGUGGAAACUGUACAAACUGUCAAGUGGGGACACUAGGAGACAAGUGYCAGUAUUGUGAAAAUAAUGUCAUGGAGCCUAAUUGUACAGAAUGUAAAGSCGGCUUCUGGGGAUUAUCAAGAUCUGGUUGUAAAGGCUGCAGUUGUCACACACCUGGAACGUUGUACAGUAACAGUACRGUGUGUGACAAAGUCACGGGGCAGUGCGCAUGUAACGCAGCAAUGAACGUAGGUGGACGACGGUGUGACAGGUGUAAAGAGAAUUCUUACAAUGCAUCUGUGGGAAUCUCUGAUUGYCGGGAAUGUUCUUCCUGUUAUGCGUUCCUUCAAAMSGACGUCCAUCKACUGCGACCACAGGUAGCCCAACUCACGGACCUAAGCAUUCAAUACCAACGYCAUCCCGUCAUGCAACACCARAAGACCUUCRUUACCAGGCUUCGUGAAAUUGUACACAAGGUYCGGGAAYUGAUGAUGAAAGUCUCAGAUGCCGCAGCCAAUGACAGCUCCUUCAAAGUCAAAUGGGAGGAGCUUGAGCGACAGGUCGUCGUCUUGGAAACCAAAGUGAACGUCAAUCUAAGUUCCGCUGUCAAUGCAUCAUCAGAAAUCAGUGCGCAUGUGCARRCCAACCACGARACCAUUAACAAGACGAUAUCCCAAAUAUCCAAAAUGCUGAAUGAUGGCUAUCAUCUGCUUGUCACGUCUAUCGAACAGCGAGUUAAUGUUGUUGAGAAUUAUUUGACGAUUAUGAAUUCUACUGAUUUGGAACUAUCCACCUUACAAAUAGAAUCCCAAAGACUUCUCAAUCUAACUCUCYAYUAUAMCUCAAGCAUUCAUAGCGGUAUUCAAUACUCCGUAARCCGAGCUAACCAGGCCGGUGUACAUGCUSAAACUGUACAGAAAAGUCAUGAUCAAUUUUCUGCUACUCUCCAUCCUCUCCGUAUGAAUUGYACGGCRACGAAAAGCCUUGGUGAACAAGCAAAGAAAAUGGCUGAGCAUCGACUGARAAAUGCUACAUCUGUACUGAAURAAACACGGGUACUUUAUCGGCAAGCUAGCGUUGCGAAUCCGGAUAACUCCAAGACUAUUGAAUCCCUCAACRCUCACUCUACAAAGGUUGCUACAUCUAGUKCAAACUAUGCUAACCAAUCAGUGUUUUUCUGGUCUUCAAGCAUCAGUGUUAUUGACCAGGUUUACGCGUCAAUUCAACGUGCGCGAGAACUGGUAAUGACAUGCAAUAUCAUUGAACAAAACGUUACCGAGCAACGUACAAGUGCGGAAUUAGCCCAUCAGAUUGCAAUGAACGCUACUGAAUUGGCCAAUAAGAUUCACAAAGAGGCCUUACGUAAGAGAGAUAUUUUGAAGAACUUCAAAUCAGUGUCUGAAGAGGCUGCGUCACGAGCGAACGAAUCAUUGGCGAAGGCUGGCCGAAUUGAGAUUGRACUCAACGAAGUUCUAACGAACGCAACGUCCGUGAAUGCGUCGAUACACGAUGCAGUCGUUGAAUCAAAACGAGCUGUAGAUCUUGCAAUGGAAGCAAAGAAACGUKCUGAGCAAGAACUGGAGGCUCUUGACAAAGCUUUAAAACGCGCUGAACGCCUGAAAAACGAAACCGCAGCCCAAGAGGAAGUCAUUGCAAAUCAAACUGUUCGCGAAUACAUUCGAACUGAGAUCGAACCAGUUGAAGCACUCUGUCAAAACGUAUCAACCGCUGCUGAGAAAAUAUCUACGAAGGCUUCCGAAGCGUUACGACAAGCCAACGAAACAGACACGAAGAGCCGACAAAUAAUAGCCAAAAUUCACMAAGCGUCAAACGACAGCACAUCAUUGGCCCUGUCUUCUAGUGGCAACAGUUUGCAAGCCUUAGAGAGAGAGGUAGCUCGAGUAAGGCAACGAUUUGUCAGUUUAAAUCUAGAACCUAGUAUCAAUCAGCUYASAGCAAAGCUACACGAGCAUAAAGGCAAGUACAAAGAGUAUAAAGCCAAAAARGACARUUUAAGAGCACAAAUUAACGAGUUCAAAAGGAUAAUGGUGACGUUUAAGGAUAUGAGUUGUUCCUUUCCAAUCCCCCCUUGAAAAUGUAUUUGUCCGUAUCUUUUGUAUUCAGUAAAGUAGGUAAUGGAAUCGUGUAGUAUGAAAGUUCAUUUAAGUGGAAAAAGAGAAAAAAGGUUUUCUCAUUUUUCUAUUUUUUGUUAGAAUUCUAAGUUCAUGUUUCUGCUUGGUUGGUUUAGUUUUUGGUUUAGUAUUGUACAAGAAUAUCUUAAUCAACCUCACUUUGACCUCAACGAGGCAUCACAAUAAUUUUGCGUAACAUAAAGCGUUAUGACGAGUCGCGCAAAGCAUCAAGGGUGGUACCAACCCUUCUCUCCCAUGACAAAUCCUGGUCAAGCCUUUGUAAAGUCUACUUUGCUACUCUGCAAAUUCUAAUUCAUUUGAAAUAUUCUUGUGGYAUAGUGUUAAUAGAUUAACGAGGCGACGAGGUAGUGUUCAUGUAGGUAAAUAUUCUAUCUUGUUCAGACGUUAUAUACCGUAACCACUUUUUAAAACAAGCAUCGGAUGAUUUAUUAAUUUCAUUGGRAAAAAAACAUUACAAAUCGGUGUGUUGAUCUUGAUAUACAGAAAUAAAGAAACAGUUUAACAAGUUAUGCCAUGAAUACAUCUUCCUUGAGGUGGGGUACAUUAGGGGUUUGUAGUGGGUUUUUUUAGGCGGUAUUCGGAACAAUGUGGUGGUGCGGAUGAAACAAUUUGUUUGGUUGCAGUGUUAAUGUAUCGAGGUCAGGAUGAAUGUCACAAUUUUUCAGUCUAUUUUACAUAUCUUGCGAUGUUAUGAUAUG